AUGGAUUCCAACAUCUUCCAGAAUGAAUUCACUUGUUCCAUAUGUGUGAAGUACUUCAUAGACCCGGUCACUAUAGGCUGUGGGCACAGCUUUUGUAUGCCUUGUCUUUGUAUCUUCUGGGAGGAAGCCUAUCAUCCUCCUUCCUGCCCUGUCUGCAGGGAAACAUCCCAUCAAACGAACUUCAAAACCAACAUUGUUUUGAAGACACGGGUAUUCCUUGCCAGACGGGCAAGACCUUACCACUUACCGAGCUCUGCAGAACAGAUGUGUGAGAUACACAUGAAAACUAAGAACUUCUUCUGUGAGGUUAUGAAGGACCUGCUCUGUUUGCUGUGCUGUAAGUCAAAGGAGCAUGAGGCCCACAGACAUUGUUCCACUGACUGGACCGCUGAGGAAUACCGGCAAAAGCUCCUGAAAGAAAUGAGGUCUGUGUGGGAAAAGACACAAGAAAAUCGGAGAAAUCAAAAAAGAGAGAGCAGCAAAAUCAGAGCAUGGGAGGGUUAUGUGUGUCUGCGGAGGGAGAUGAUCCGUGCUGAAUAUCGGAAGGUGUACCACUUGCUUUUUGAGGAAGAGAGACGUUAUUUAGAGAGAAUGGAAAAAGAAAGCAACGAGAUUUUACAACAACUCAGAGCAAGUGAGGACAGCAUGGACCAAAAGGGAAAACUCCUAAGAGGAAUGUAUGAGGACCUCAAGAAAACGUGUCAUAAACCAGACGUGGAGCUGCUCCAGUAACUGACUAUUCUUUUUUGCAGGAGUGAGUCAGUGCAGCUGCACAUGCCCCAACCUGUGGAUCCACAGCUCAGUUCAUGGCCCAUCACGGGGCUGAUAGAGAGACUCAACCAUUUUCUUGGUAAUAGACCGCCCUUUGGGGGGAUAGCCGUACGUUCUCCUCAGCUAGUGUCUAUGGGUUAUGUUGCUCCAUUUAUAUUCCAGGUUUCGGGUUAUGUGGUGAUUACUGGCUUGCCCUUUUUUUUUGAAAAUGAAACAACGACCUGUCACAUGCCGCUGUUUGAAGAUCUGAGACGUUGGCUCUCCAGUCGCGAUCAUCCUGACGUUGUCACUAAUGCAACAAGAUCAAAAUACUUUCUGGCAUGGGGAGCCCAGACAUUUACCUGUGGUCAGCAUUACUGGGAGGUGGAUGUGGGGAACUGUCAGAACUGGGCCCUUGGAUUUUGCGAUGAUUCUUGGACAAUGAGGAAUGACAUGGCGCUUGACUCAGAGGGGAUUUUUCUACUCUUUUGUAUCAAAGAGGACAACCAGUGUCAUCUCUUUAGCUCCUCCCCACUGUCGCCUCAAUAUGUAGAAAGGCCUCUGGGCCACGUGGGGGUGUUCCUGGAUUAUGAGUGUGGUGUGGUGAGCUUUGUGAACGUGGCCAAUUGCUCCCUCAUUUGCAGUUUCCUCUCACGUUCCUUCUGUCUUCCUCUCCGACCCUUUCUAUGCUCUGCACCCUCGUGAGGAGGGACAUGUCAGAAAGUGACCGCAAGCGUCAGCUCAGCGAAGUGCCUGCUUGAUGGUCUUCAACGUCUUCCUUUAUCCAACCCAUUGACUAUUUUUAAAGGUUGAUAAUUACAAGCGUAUACAUUUGUUUCCAUUGUAUUUAAAUAAAAACAAUCUCUCU